AUGCGCUACGACGUGCUCGAGGCCCGCGUGAUCGGCGUCGCCCGCCGUGAGCUCGGCCCGGCCUUUGCCGAGGCCCUUCGCAUCGCCGGCGCCCAAAAGGCCCUCAUUGUCUGCGGCGCCGAGGAGCUCGACGAGGUCUCGUGCGCCGGCAAGACCUACUGCUGGCUCGUUCUCGGCAGCAGCCCCGACCCCAAGGACAUAACCAUCGAGCACUUCACCGUCGAGCCCGCCGACUUUGGCCUCGAGGCACACGCCCUCUCCACCGUCUCGUCCGGCAAGGAACCUAGCGAAAACGCCGAAAUCCUUCACAAGAUCCUUCACAACGAGCUGCCCGACGAUCACCCCCUCCUCCACUUUGUCCUCAUGAACACUGCCGCCCUCUUCGUCAUCUCUGGCAUCUGCGAGGCCGACCAGAGCGCUAUGGGCCCCGGCGAUGAUGGCGCCGUAAUCGCCGAACGAGGUCCCGGAGGUCAGCGCUGGAAGGAAGGUGUGAGGCGUGCCCGCUGGGCGCUCAAGAGCGGCGAGGCUUGGAAGCAGUGGGAAGGUUUCGUCGAGAUCACCAACGAAUUGGCAGCGUGA